UAUGUGAACUUUUUAACAAGAACGCCACCAAUUUUUUAUAUAUAAAAAAUUUAUAUAUAUAUAAAAAUGUCUAACGACAAAGAAGUAUGCAGUGCUGGAAAUGAACCAAAAUGGAGUUCAGAAGGAGGCAUCCUUAAAGGACCAAAGAAUAAAAUGAUUACUUCCCAGGAAUGCAUGCAGUUGAAAAGAGAUCUGGAGUCCGCCUACAGUCAGGAUGAGUUCGAAGUUAGUCCCAUGAUCCUUUGUCUGAUGUUAACCUUUAUGCUUUUUGUGAUCGGCUUCUGGAUAUGGCUGAUAUCGAGAAGCUGCCUCUUUGCCCAACCCGAGGAGGUUAAGAAAAAAGACGAGACACAACAACGUCUUUCCGGGGGUUCAACUCCGAGUUCCAAAUCCCCAAUCGUUCGUUUUUUGGAUGGACCUACUCAUAACAAAGCUUCUUCGACUAGCGGACUCCAAAAAGCCAGUUCCAAUAUCUCGUCAAGAAUCAACAGGACCCCGCGAUUUUGGAAAAAUAGUCCCAUGGGCGUUUGUCGGGAUAUUUCUUACGGAGAUGGCAGCCAAGGCAUUUUGAAAGCUAACUACUGUACUUUAAUGCAAUUGCCAGAAACAUCGCCAGUAUUAGUCCAUACAGCCGCAGAAACUGAGUCGGGAGCUAUUACAGAAACGAUAUCGGUAUCAUCAAUACAGAGGGCCACCAAAUCUUCCCCCACUUACAGCGGUCCAAGGGCCUCAAAGUUAAGGAAUGAUAGGGGAUUGGACAUGCCCUCUAGUCAAGCUGUAGCUGGGUCACCAUUAAACUACGACAGUAUGCCCCCAAACUUUGGAAGGGAAAGCUCUUCACCCAAAAGGAAGUACACCAUAAAGUGGGCAAAUUUAAUGAGGCGUGGCCGAAAGAAUCUCUCCGAAACUUAAGGACCUCAGUAAAUUUAUAUUUAUUGGAUAA